AUGCGCCGAGCGAAUGGGGCCAGCUGCCAACCCACCAGCGACACGGCAAUAUCAUCAGAAAAAUACACAUCAUCCAGCCACCAUGAAGACAUCGAUUCCUCAUUGGAUAGCGAGGAGGAAGAAGUCAACAGACUCAGGUCAGAGCGCGAGCAGCGAGACCAGAGGGGUCGUAAAUCCAAUUUUCAAUGCGCCGGAUGUGGGGGGAACCACCCACGAUCAGAAUGCAGGUUCCUAGAUGCCAUCUGUCGUUCCUGUGAGAAAAGGGGCCACAUUGCUAAAGUGUGCCGGAACAAAAGAGGAUCCAGCCCCAAGAGAAAAGAAAAUAACUUCCGACAAGCAGCAGGCACCCCACCAACAAAUCGGGACCGCCUGAACAACCAGUGGAGCCAGUACAACAGAAACCGGAUGUUUACUGGCUGCGUGUUGUGGGGAGACCGAGUGGUCAUACCAGAGAAACUACAAAAGAAAGUUCUAAAUUUACUACAUGAUGGAUACCCGGGCAUCAUACGAAUGAAAGCGCUGGCAAGGAGCUACGCCUGGUGGCCAGGUAUGGACAAACAAAUUAAAGCCUGGGUUGCCACCUGUAGCAAAUGCCAAGAAACACGCUCGGCCCCACCAAAAGCAUCACCAGCAGAAUGGGAAACGCCCAGGGGUCCAUGGUCCCGCAUCCACAUCGAUUUCGCGGGACCUACAAAAGGACAUACUUUUCUAAUAACAGUAGACGCCUACUCGAACUGGCUUGAGGUUAACAAGAUGAAGAUUACCACUACAGAGGCAGUCAUCAAGAAAUUGAACAGACUGUUUGCAACGCACGGGCUACCAGAUGUCUUGGUUUCCGACAAUGGCCCGCAAUUUACUGCCUUGGCCUUUGAACAAUACCUCAAAGUCACCAGGAUGCUCUUUCUUCAGCAUAUUACACCAAACAGCACCACAAACAAAAGCCCAGCCGAGCUCCUGAUGGGCAGAAAACUCAGAUUGCACCUAGACCACCUACAUCCUGCAUACACCCCAGAAAAGCCCCUGGGUUCCAGCAGUAAACACCGUACGUUUAAGGUAGGAGACCCCGUAUUUGCAAAGAACUUUUCAGGUGACCCAUUGUGGAUCCCUGCCAAAAUAACGCAAAUUACAGGCCCCCGUUCCUACCGGUUAGAAACCACAGAUGGGAGACUGUGGAAACGCCACAUCGACCAGCUGCGCUCAAGGUUGACCACAACCCCCAUCACAAGCCCCGAUCUCGAAGCCAGAGGGGGAAGGGUUUUGAAAUUGAACCAACAUCUGGCUCAGAAAACAUAA